UCAUAAUCACAUUACUUCGAUUAUUGUAAUAGCCUCGUAUCCAAUACUUUCGCUUGGUUCUUUUUUUUCUGGAAUUUCUUAUGACCAAGUAAGCAGCACAUAUUCCACUAAGUAAAAUGUUGUCGUCGCACAUGUUUCCACAAGCUGACAAACUACGAAUGAACUAGGUAAAUGACUAUAUUGGCGUUGCGUUCGUUAACGCUUUCAAUAUUGAAUUCAAUAUUGAAAGCGACAAACGAAAGUUGAAUAGAAAGAUGAAGACGAAACUUGAAGAUGAAAGUGCAUAGCUAUGUCCACACUGUGCCUUUUUUCGUUCAUCAAGGGCAUGCGUCACAGCGCAGUCAACAACAACAGACGCAUGCCCUUGACGCAUGCGACAUGCGUUAUUGACAGUUGAAAGCACAGCGCGCGCUGCGAAACACGUUUCCCGCGUCGGGUGGAUUUCUGUGCCACAAAGCGUUCAACAACAAGAUGGCGGACGAAAUUACAUUGAAUUUUAUAGAAGAUUACCGAAACCUUCCACAGCUCUGGGAUCCAAAUAACAAACUUUAUACAAAUAAAGUAAAGAGGAACGAUUGUUUACAAGUUUUGGCUACUAAAUAUAACAUGGACAUCGAUGGUGUUAAAAAAAAGAUAAAAAGUCUACGCUCAUAUUUUUCCAAAGAGCAUCAGAAAGUUAUGAAGAAAAAGAGUGGCUCUGGAUCCGAUGAGAUAUACGUUUCACCGUGGUUUGCCUAUAAACAUCUGUUGUUCACGGCUGACUCUGUGAGUGUGACGCCAAGGGAAACUAGAGAAACUAGUACUGAGGAAGAAAAGGACACGCAAGCUGAAUUAUUCAAUAGAGAAAGCUCUGCGACUUCGCAGUGUACGGGUAUAUCUGAAGAUGAGCAUGAUUUUACCUUACCGUCAAUAAGAAAGAAGAGAAAUGUUAAAAAAACAAAGAUUGACGAUAAAGAGGAAGAAGCUUAUAAAUUUAUGAAAAGAGCUACCGAAGAAUUAAGUGAAAAAGAUGAGUUUACUGUUUAUGGACAAUUAAUAGCUUAUAAAAUUCGAAAUCUUAAUCCAUUAAAUCGGCUAUUAGCUCAACAGCGCAUAAAUAAUAUACUUUUUGAUCUGGAAAUGCAAGAGAUGACUGGUGCAGCCGCAACGCAGAAUGUUACUGAGGAUUGAGAUGUGGAAUGUGUCUGAGAUACCGAAUUGAGCAACGCUUGUCUUUGAUAUUUUCGUUACUAAUUCAUUGUUUCAUAUUCGUUAUUAAGUUUUAUAUAAGUAGUUACUGUGUUAAGUAGGUUCUGGUCUUAUUUAAAGUUACUUACCUAUAUACAGGAUAUAAAAUGUUGUCGGAAACAUUCAUAUUUUAUUAAUAAAUAUAAUAGAAGAAUUACCAAUAAAUAUUUGAUAAGUUUUGAUACAGUAGGUAACUAGUUUCAUGCAAUUGAAAUAAUAUAUAUAUGUUACCGGAAAUGUAUGAAAUCAAGGAAUUGUAUACAAUUCCUAGGAAAUGUGUAC